UUCAUUGUCAAAAAAAUACAUGCAAAUCAAACAUGCGCACCAGGAUAAAGGCAGUCGGUGGCUUAGUGACUCUUUUUAUGGUAGUUGCUGCAUGUUAAAUAUUUUUUCUUUUUUUACUGAUCAUCAUGAGACAAUUGAAGCACCACGAACAAAAGCUUUUGAAGAAAGUUGACUUUCUGCAAUGGAAGAAGGAAGACAGUAUUCGAGAAAUGAAGGUCAUCCGUAGAUACUUUCUACAACAAAGAGAAGACUAUCACAAGUACAAUAAAUUAGUAGGAAACAUCAGAGCUUUAGCCAACAAGAUCUCUUUGUUAGAUUCCCGUGAUCCUUUCCGUAGUCAACAAGAAAAUGCCCUCUUGGAAAAAUUAUACAACAUGGGCAUUAUUACAGCCACCACCAAGUUCUCAGAUUGUCGCAAAGUAACUGUUUCUGCCUUUUGUCGUAGACGUUUGCCUAUUGUUAUGUGUCGAUUGAAGAUGGCAGAGACUGUCAAGGAAGCAGUUACAUUUGUAGAACAAGGACAUAUUCGUGUUGGACCACAAACAGUGACAGAUCCUGCAUUUUUAGUAAACCGUACUAUGGAAGAUUAUGUGACUUGGGUUGAUACUUCAAAGAUCAAGAGAAAGAUUAUGAAGUACAAUGACAAGCUCGAUGACUUUGAUCUCUUGUAAGACUGCGCUUCUUUUUCAUUCAUGUAUCAUAUCUAUGUAUUUCUGUGUUGUUGCACAGAUGUUUUAUUUUUCGGUUAUCUAAUAAAAGCCGUUGUUUUGUUUUUUCUUUC